AUGACACAUCUCACGGCAAACAGCUUGUUGCGGCCGCCGAGCGGCAGUCAGGAUGAGGCAUCUGCGGAUGUUCUGAUUAGACAGCUGAUUCAGAUGCAAAACGGCAUUACUUACCUGGCGGAACAGGUGCAGUGGCGCACAGAGACCCCAGGAAGAGCAACACAUGCACAGUCAGAGCGAUCAGAGCUGAUUAUGCGGGUUCUGGAGAAUGUAGAUCAACAGUUUCAGGCGAGACAACGUUGGGAAGCAGACUUCCAAGCCUCAGUACAGAGAGACAUGCUUGCCCUGGCGGAAGACAUGAAGCUCAUCACUUUAGAGAUGCGGACUUCUUCCAGAGUCGGUUUUGAACACCGCCUCGCGAGCAUGGAAACUUCCCUGGAACACAUUUCUUCACAGGUGGCGUAUAUGAGGUCGCACGAGGACCUUCAUGAUGAGAUGGAAAAGAUCAAGACAGUGGUUGGGCAUCAAGCUAAGGUUUGGGAACAAGUGAAAGGCCACCUGGACCAAGGCCAAGACGUGUUACCAUCCUACAUUGUGGCUACAGUGGAUAAGCAUAGCAGGUCAUUACAAGUCUUAUCCAACGGGUGUGUUCGGACCGAAUCCAGACAGGAAGAGGCACAAGAGCGCAUCAUGAAGUUGUGGAGGCAAGUGAAACAUCAAGCGGAUGAUAUUAUCAAGCUUCAAACCAAGCAUGCAGAACAUCGAUCACAAAGUGAGGAGCUUAGGAGGGUUCUUCAUAAAAACGUGGGUUCAAGCACAGAAGCUGCGGUGAACAGUGGCGCAUGCGGCGGACAGCAGCAGCAACCACAGCAGUUUUUGUUGACACCCGAAGCCAAAAGACCGACUCCCAGUUUCAGCCAGCAGACCGCUGAGACCGAGAGUGUUGAGGAUGAAUGGUGGGGCCUAGUAGACCGUCAUGGAUGGCCGCAGGGUGGGUUCACGAGUGAGCCACCGGAGUUGCCAGCGAGCUUGAGCAGAUUGCGUCAAGCACUGCUGACCCAACAACAGGAUGUUAUGCGUCCCUUCUACUCACAUGCUUUGGGGACUGACUUGACUAGGAAUGCUAGUUCAACGGGGUCGCAGACAGCGGUUCCGACCAAUAGCUCCGGCAGUAUGCCGAUGCGGAACACAACAGCAGCUGAGCACAUCCAGGGUGAUCCGGAGGACAGCAAGGGCAUCUCCGACAACCGGUGGAAAAGGCUGAUACACCUUCCCGAGCUGAAGAUUUCAGGAGCUCAGGCCUGGGAGACUGGAAUUCAGUUGAGUUUGUGGAAGUCUCAGUGCAUCACGAUAUGCAGCGGGAUUGGGGCAAAAUUUGCCACGUAUUUCACUGACAGCUGGAAGGAAGCAGAAAAGCUGUACCGGAUUCAAUCCGAAACAUUGGCCAUUCCUCAGGCGCCUGCUGUUAGAAGUGAAGACAUUGACUUGGACUUGGAAGCGAGGCUGACUUCGGCAAUGCUAAGAGUGUUGCCAGAUUCGGUAAAAGUGCCAGUUGUAGAGCGCGCUGGAGAUGGAGGAGACGAUCAAUCGGUCGUGGUAGCUAAGGCGACCACUAAUCUUCCGGAAGGCAGUGUUGGUCCUCCAGAUCGAGUCCUACUGGAUAGUGGGGCAAACGAGCUCUGUAGGCCCCUGACUCAAGGCUGCAGGACUCGCAAGGAUGGUGAGAUCUUGAUGCCCACGGGGUCUACGGAGUGGAUCUGUGGUUUAGCUAAGCUGGCACAGGCAGGUUUCCGGUUCACGUGGGAUUGGGAUGGGCCAUCUUUGAGGACACGGUGUGGACGAAACAUACCAAUCUACUUGGACAAUGGCUUGCCUUUCGUAUCAUGGGAGAACUUCCGUGAGAUCAGAUCUGCCAUUUCAAGGACCCACCGUACCAGGGUGAACAACGCAGCCGCCAGCGAUGAAGACAAACCUCGUGAGGAGGAGACAUCCGACCCAGUCAUCCUCGACGAAGGCGAGCACAUGCAGACAGAAGUGGGUGGGCACGACGACAAGGAUCAUGCUGCAAUCGCAAAAGAGGGUUAUCUGGGCCAUGAGGCGCUACCAUGGCAUGGUGGAGGUGAAAUCUGGGUAUGCGACGAAGAGUUGGGUCCAGAUGAUGAGGGCGUGACAUGGCGGGAGGUAAAGAACACGCUGGUGGAUUGGAACUUCCGAUGCAACCUGGAUCGCACCGCAGCAACAGCAGCAACAGCAUUGCCAUCACCACCACAUCCGAACCCUGAAGUCAACUCCUCUCUCUCUUCUCAGGGAUUCGGGGGGGUAGGCUGUGGAGCUAGAGGGCGUGGUGUAGUUGUCAAGCCUAUAGUUGUUGAGCCAGGGUUGGACGCGUUACCUUUGCCUUUGCCAGUGGGGUUACCGGUUCUUGAUGAGGGUGGUGAUGCCGAUGAGGUGAUUAGGGAGAUAUGCGAGUGGGAGCCGGAAGAGGUUGAAGGGUUAGGGGAUCCGUUAGAGCCUGCGUCGCAUAUGGAUGCGUCUGUGCCAGAGACUGCUCCGGCGCACCCUGUUCCGCCUAAUGCUUUGAUUGUCAUCGGUCCAGAAGACUUCGUAGACCAUUUCUGCGGUUACGCCCAGACGAAAGUGGCUCGGGGAACUUUGGCGAUUGAUGUGUCAGGGCCACACUUACAAGCGGCAAACGACGCAAGGUACGCGCUGAUCACAACUCUUACGCUGGAAUCUGGUGAAAGCUUGCUUGCCUUUCGUAGAGCACAGAGCAACGGUCGCACUGAGCGGAUGAUUCAACAGAUGAAGCUAGAGGCAGCGAUCGCUAUGUUACAUGGACGGCUCAGCCCCAAACUUUGGCCUUAUGCCCUGUCAAAGGCUGCCUUCACGAGACGAGCGGAAGCAGCUGGCCAGAGACCCCAUGCCGGGAGGGCUUUUGGCAAACCGGCUAAGCCUGACCGACAGCCUCCCACAGUGGAGGAGACCAAGGCUAGGAGCAAGAAGCGGGAUAGCAAAAUCGCGGCUACCGAGGAGACGGCUACUACAUCCAGGCCCUGGCCGGCGGCUAAGAGCGAGUCCAAAGCGCGAGACGGCAAGGAUGGCUACGUCCACCCGCGCCUAUCCAGAUCGAUGUUAGCCGCUGCAAGGCAGCCCCGUCCGUUGCCUGUCAUAGCUGUCCAUCGCAUUUCGUUCUUGUGA